UUGACAGUGACAGUGUUUCCCUGAUUAGCUCGGCUGUUAGAAACCUCGGAGCUUCAGCACACCGGACAGGAGACGAAUUUACCCGGUCACGGCAUUCCGCACAGUGGACUAAACGACUAAGAGGUGCUGUACGGAUUGCCGUUAACGCUACCAGUGUUCCGCACAGCACUUCCGUGUUGUGAAAGGCACAACUUUCUCCUUAGUAAAAGCUGUAUAUGGCGCUCUUCAGCCGUCACCUGACCCUCUCCCUUCAACAUAAUCUGCGCCUUGUGGCUCCAGGUUGCAGAUAUGUUAGCAAAACCGCCACAAAGACUGUGUCUGAUUUUGAAUAUGAUGCCCCCUGCAUGAAGACUCCUGUUCCAGGACCCAGGUCAAAGGAGCUAACCAAGCAGCUUGGAGAAAUUCAGAAUGUGGCUGCAAUCAAUUUCUUCUGUAACUAUGAGGAGAGCAGGGGGAACUACUUGGUGGAUGCUGAUGGAAACCGAAUGCUAGAUCUGUACACGCAGAUUUCUUCUAUUCCCCUCGGUUAUAAUCACCCAGCUUUAAUGAAAGCGCUCACCAAUCCCAACAAUUUGAGUGCAUUUGUUAACCGGCCAGCCCUUGGGAUUCUACCACCUGAGAACUUCCCAGACAAUCUGACUGAAAGUCUCCUGUCAAUCGCUCCUGCUGGAAUGAGCCGGGUACAAACCAUGGCCUGUGGCUCCUGUUCCAACGAGAACGCCUUCAAGGCCAUGUUCAUAUGGUACAGAAACAAAGAGAGAGGCACCAACAGCCCUUCACCAGAGGAAACAAGCUCCUGUAUGAUUAACCAGAGCCCUGGAUGUCCAGAUCUGAGCAUUCUGUCUUUUAUGGGAGCAUUUCAUGGCAGAACUAUGGGUUGCUUGGCUACGACACACUCCAAAGUCAUUCACAAGCUGGACAUCCCCUCAUUCGACUGGCCUAUUGCACCCUUCCCCAAGCUAAAGUAUCCGCUGGAGGAGUUUGUUCGAGAGAAUGCUCAGGAAGAGGCUCGCUGUCUUGAGGAGGUGGAGGAUCUGAUUGUUAAGUGGCGGCAGAAGGGCAAACCUGUAGCGGGUAUCAUCACUGAGCCUAUUCAGGCAGAGGGAGGAGACAACCAUGCCUCCUCUGACUUUUUCAUCAAGCUGCACAAUAUCGCUCGCAAGCAUGGAUGUGCCUUCCAUGUGGAUGAGGUCCAAACCGGAGGCGGAGCUACAGGAAAGUGGUGGGCACAUGAGCAUUGGGGUACAAAUGACCCUGCCGACAUUGUCUCUUUCAGCAAGAAGAUGCUCUCGGGAGGCUACUAUCACAAAGCUGAGCUGCAGCCAGACAAGGGUUACAGGAUCUUUAACACAUGGAUGGGAGACCCUUCAAAGAACUUGUUCCUCUCUGAGGUGCUAAACGUUAUCAGGAGAGAGAACCUUCUGGAGGAGGUUACACGAUCUGGAAAGACUUUGCUACAGGGACUUUAUGAACUACAGUCUCAGUAUCCUCACCUGCUGAGUCAAGCACGUGGACAGGGCACCUUUUGUGCCAUCGAUGCUCCUGACGAUGUCACUCGUGAUAAGCUGCUGCUGAAAAUCAGGGACAAGGGAGUUCUUCUGGGAGGCUGUGGUGAGAAAUCCAUCCGCUUCCGUCCAGCUCUGGUCUUCAAAGAGUACCACGCUCAUCAGUUCCUCAACAUCUUUAACGAUGUCUUGGCUAAAUACAAGUAAUGUGCUGGAGGAGUUCUUCUGGGAGGCUGUGGUGAGAAAUCCAUCCGCUUCCGUCCAGCUCUGGUCUUCAAAGAGUACCACGCUCAUCAGUUCCUCAACAUCUUUAACGAUGUCUUGGCUAAAUACAAGUAAUGUGCUGGAGGUCAGACCAGCCAAGGAAACCAAGCACAAGGGUCCAAGCCCAAACCAAGUUUUUCCUGUUUGUCACUGAAAAAACUCUAGACCUGUUAUUCACUUUUUCCAUUUUUAACUUCUGCUUCACUUCAUAAUUUUUGUAUGAGAAUAUGUAACAAAUCCUAACCUCACUACGUCUCACUAUAUUUCCUUGUAGUCACAGUGCACAUUGGGUCUAGGAGUAUUAGAAACCUUUACUGCUACACUAAAUGGUCAAAAGUAUUUGGAUACCUGUUGGACAUCCUGUUUCAAAAACAAAUGGUAUGAAAAUAGAGUGAUCUUUUCAGCUAUAACAGCAGACACUCUUCUGAGAAGGCCUCUCAUAAGAUUUUGUAUGUUCUCUAAGUAAGUAUCUAAGUAUGUCUGUAGGAAUUUGUGCCCAUUCAGUGAAAAUAGUAUUUGUGGGUGCUGAUGUUGGUCAAACAAGCCUAAUUGAUGUUUCAGUUCAUUUAAAAGCUGUUUGUUGGGGAUGAGGUCAGCGCUCUGUGCAGUACACUGAAGUUUCUUUAAAUCAAGCUUUUCUUCAUGUCUUUAUAGAAUGUGCACAGGGGCACGGCCAUGCUGGAACAGGAAAUGGCCUUCCUUAAAAUGUUUCUGUGUAAUUGAUUUAUUACACCUGUUAGCAAUGUUGUGGCUGAAACACGUGAGUUCAAUAAUUAGAAGCGGUGUCCCAAUAUUUUUGCUCAUAUAAUGUAUCUUGAUGUACAGUGAUAUAUAUUCACCUGGUGUACAGAAACCUACAAAUAUAUUUACAAACUUAUUUUAUUUAGCAAGUGGGGUUAUAUGAAUCGCUCAACAGCACUUACAGACAGGAGGUAUAGCAUUAUAUUUUUACCCCCUGCGUGUGAGAAAAUCCAACUCAAGCAUAACAAAGGUUAAACCUGCUGUUCUCUCAUUUUCAAAACUAACACCCUCCACUCUCAAACCCGAAACGAUGCAUAACUGACAGUCUGGUACAAAUAAAGCACAGACUGGAAGAUUUCAGAGCUUUUAAAUGAUAAACCAUGUUAGAUUGUGACAUAGCUUCAGAUAUGCAAACCUGAUUUAUUCCCUAAAUAAAGGCAUGCGGAAAUGAAAACCUAUUAGCGUCUAACCUCAAAGCACAUACUUGGAUGAAAAGCCGUUCUCACCAGAACUUGCUUUGCUGAGAUGAAGACUAUUAUAUUCAUAAGGCAGAUGUGAACUGCAACAAUUUGUUUAGACUGUCCCAAAAAUUCUGGAGCAGUUUCCAGACAAAUUUUGACAAACAUGGUCAACUAAACUGUCACUCUGACCAACAGUACACAGUAAAAAUGUCCAGUACAAUUUAACUUAUAUUUCUGUUCAAGAUCACUGUUUUUAUUAUGUUAUUUAAAGUACAGAUGCCUCAAUUCUAUACUAAGUAUUAGUAUCAGAGUUUUUUUGGCCUACAAUCCUGGAUCAGUAUAAAACUGGAUCUGAAAAGUUUUCUUAUCGGAUUUCAUUACAUCUGAUUUUACAUCCUGCAUGCAGCACUUACUGAUAUUGUUGGUAUUAGAUCAGUCUCUGUAUCAACUGAUACUCAGAGCUUUGCUAUUGUAUCAUGAACAUUACAGAUUUGAGGCAUUUUUUCUUUAAAAAAAAAAAACUAAAACAGUAAAACUGUCUGCCAGUGGAGUUGAAUUAUAAUUCUUUCUUAAUUUACCUAAAAAACCUAAUUUACUUUAAUUUACCUAAAUAAUUAAAAUAUCUAGAAGUACAUGGAAUUAUAUUUAAAUGUUUUAUAAUAACCCCCCUCAAAAAUCUAAAAGAAAUGUAAUAAUUAUACAUUUCUAGUGUAUUUUUUUUGCAUGGCCUUUAAGUUUGUAUAUGUUGAUUUUAGGACAUUCUUAAUAUCAACUAGUUAGUUCAUGUAGAUUACUUGCUAAUUAAUAACCUGCUAACAAGUAAAUCUAACUUUCUAGUUGCAGUUUGUAAAUGAGCCUUGGAAAGUAAAAUGUUAUGUGUCAGGAUGUUGAAAUAGUAUGACGUACUGUAAAACGGGUGUCCUGACAGCAAUUUAUUCCAAGAUUUGGUUUAAAUGGUUAAAAUGAAGCUAGAUUUUUAUGCUGCCUAGAGGAAAACAUUGAGUUUUUUAAAUAAUUUAUUUGCCUUAACAAGUUGUCAAUGGAUUCUUAAGUCUUAAUUUGUCAGACUUUGCUUUCUUAAUUGAAGGUCUUACGUAUUUUUUUUUCUGUUCAUAGUUGAUUUUUUUUAUUCUUAUUUAACUUCCCUAAAUUUCUAUGAAUAAAUAAUUUUUUUUUUUUUUUUUGUAUGUUUAGGGAGGGUUGAAUUUUUUUUUUUGUACUGUGGACAGGGGGUCAGCAUAACCAGAGCAUUGAGAAAGCAGACUGCUUUGUGACUGUUUUUAAUGUGGCAUUUCUCUAAUGCUCUACAUGUCCUUUUUGUUAAUGUACUUUAGGUAACAGUAAAAAAUGUUUAAAGUAAUAAAUUUGUUUUUAUUUAAUAUAGUGGUCAGAUGGUCUGUACAGAAAUAGAAGAUGCUCCAAGCUGCUUAAUUAGAUUGAAAGAAAUCCCUAUAUGUGAUGACUCUGUGCCUGUCUGUUCUUUUCUUUUUCGUAUAAAGUUCUUAUGUUAAUAACUAAAAAUACACUUAUGAUUGUUUAAACCACUAUGUUAAAUAAUGUAGUGCCAAUUGUUUCCUGUUCCUAAAUAUUGUCUAAGCAAUAUAUAUAUAUAUAUACACACACACUCAAAUAAAUUUGACAUUUUCCUCUA